GAGCAUCCGCACUGAGCUCUUCUGCACGCGCUUUCACUGUCAGCACAAGUCAGGCUGAAUGCAACCAUGUGGAUUUUACAGGGUGCCAUGAUUUUGGCUUUGAGUUUGGCUGUCCCUGCACAGCUUCUUCCUGAAGCUAACAGUAUGUGUUCAGAGGGAAGCUGUUACCCUGCCACAGGUGACCUGCUGAUUGGCAGAUCUGAUCGCCUUACAGCCUCAUCCACCUGCGGACUCCACUCCCCUGAACCCUUCUGUAUCAUCAGUGACCUACAGGCUGAGAAGUGUUAUGAGUGUGAUUCUCGGGAGCUCUACAAUGAGGUCACACACCCCAAUAGCCACACCAUCGACAACGUGGUCACAACCUUUACUCCCAACCGUCUUGUAACAUGGUGGCAGUCUGAGAAUGGAGUGGAGAAUGUGACCAUUCAACUGGACUUAGAAGCUGAAUUCCACUUCACACAUAUCAUCAUGACCUUUAAGACAUUUCGUCCUGCAGCGAUGGUGAUCGAGCGUUCAUCAGAUUAUGGGCAGAGCUGGCAGGUGUACCGUUACUUUGCAUUCAACUGCUCCGCUUCUUUUCCACACGUCUCCCAGGGACCAGUUAAGAGUGUUGAUGAUGUCAUCUGUGAUUCCCGGUACUCUAACAUCGAGCCUUCAACAGAGGGAGAGGUGAUUUUCCGAGCACUUGAUCCUGUAUUUGAGAUUCCUGAUCCCUACAGCCAACGAAUACAGAACCUCUUGAGAAUAACUAACCUGCGGGUGCGAAUGGUGAAGUUACACACUCUCGGUGAUGACCUUCUGGAUGGCCGAGAUGAGGUGAAGCAGAAGUACUACUAUGCUCUGUAUGACAUGGUUGUCCGUGGCAACUGCUUCUGUUAUGGCCAUGCCUCCGAGUGUGCACCAGUGGACGAAAGUGAGGCGGGGCCUGAAGGCAUGGUCCAUGGUCAUUGUGUGUGCAAUCAUCACACAGCUGGAUUAAACUGUGAGAAGUGCCAAAACUUUUAUCAAGAUGCACCGUGGAGACCUGCAGAGGGCCGAAAUGCCAACGAGUGCAAGCGGUGUGAGUGUAAUCACCAUUCGUAUACAUGUCACUUCGACAUGGCAAUGUAUCUGUCAUCGGGCAACACGAGUGGAGGAGCGUGUGAUGAUUGUCAACACAACACACAGGGACAGCACUGUGAGAGUUGCAAGCCCUUCUACUACCAGCAUCCCAACAGGGACAUAAGAGACUCUCGCAUCUGUGAACCAUGUGACUGUGACUCACGGGGCUCACUGAACAGUGGUGUGUGUGACAGCGUGACAGAUGUGAUGAAGGGGCUUAUCGCUGGUCAGUGUCGCUGUAAGGAGAAUGUGGAGGGAGAGCGCUGUGAUCACUGCAAACAAGGGUAUUAUGGACUUGGCCAAGACCUGCUAGGCUGCCUCUCAUGCAGCUGUAAUCCUCUGGGCACUCUUCCUGGAGGAAGUCCCUGUGAUACAGAUACAGGAAUGUGUUACUGCAAACGGCACGUCACCGGACGAAACUGUGACCAGUGUCAGCCACAGCACUGGGGCCUGAGCACAGAUAAGGAUGGCUGUCGGCCAUGUGACUGUGAUCUUGGAGGAGCUCUGAACAACGAUUGUUCUCCACAGACAGGGCAGUGUGUGUGUAGAGAGCACAUUUCUGGCAGACGCUGUGACAACAUGAAGCCUGGUUAUUAUUUUGCUGCCCUUGACCACGAAAUCUACGAGGCAGAGGAAGCCACAUUCACACCGGCAGUGACUGUGGUGGCGAGGCCUCUGCCCGCAGAUAGACCCCCAACCUGGACUGGUAUUGGGUUCGCCAACGUACCUGAAGGAGAAACACUGCAGUUUACCAUUGACAACAUCCCACAGUCCAUGGACUAUGACUUGCUAAUCCGCUAUGAACCUCAGUUUCCAGAUGUGUGGGAGCAGGUGAAGAUAGAUGUGACACGUACUGGUCAACCUUCCCCGUUUGCACAUUGUUCAGCUACUUAUGCUGACCAACAGAUCGUCUCACUUCCCCCAGGCUCCAGAUAUGUGGUACUGCCCAGGCCGCUGUGUUUGGAAAAGGGCCAGAAAUACACAGUGAAAAUGAUUCUAGCGCUUUUUUCAUCAAAUGAUCUUCAGCACCAGCCGCACAUACUGAUCGACUCUAUUGUGCUGUUGCCUGUGGUGCGAGAUCUGGAGCUGUUCUCAGGGGCAGCUGACAGAGAGGCAGCGUGGGAAAUGUUUCAGAAAUACCGCUGUCUCGAGAACAGCAAGAGUGUCCAGAAACUACCCAUGACCAGCAUCUGCAGAGAAUACAUCUUCAGCACAUCAGCUCUGCUGCACCAGGGAGCUAUGGAAUGUGAGUGUGACCCACUCGGCUCUCUCAGUACGGUGUGUGAUCUUAAUGGUGGCCAGUGCCCAUGCCGACCAAACGUGAUGGGUAGGAAGUGUGACAGCUGUGCCCCGGGUACCUUCCAGCUUGGACCCGCCGGCUGCAGGCCAUGUGAGUGUGACCCACUGGGCUCGAAGCACGCUUUCUGCAAUUCGACCACAGGCCAAUGUUUGUGUUUACCCAGUGUUUAUGGACGUCAGUGUGCCCAGUGUUUGCCCAGACACUGGGGCUUCCCACAGUGCCAACCCUGCUUCUGUAAUGGGCACGGCGAGCACUGUCACCCUCACACAGGCCAGUGCUUGGAGUGUAGAGACCACACCACAGGAGAUCAGUGUGAGAGGUGUGAGAGAGGUUACCAUGGCAAUGCGUUACUAGGCAGCAGCGACCGCUGUCGACCCUGUAUGUGUCCAGAUGGUCCAGGCAGUGGAAGACAGUUUGCAGACACCUGCUACCAAAACCCCAACUCACUCCAGUUCUUCUGUGUGUGCAGCCAAGGAUACAAAGGACCAAGGUGUGAGGAAUGUGCACCUGGUUACUAUGGUAACCCAAAGGUGUCAGGUGGACGGUGCCACCCGUGCCGGUGUAACGGCAACAUUGACAUGCACGACCCGAUGUCCUGCGAUGCCCGCACAGGAACCUGUCUCAGAUGCCUGCACAACACUGAGGGCCAGGCGUGUCAGCACUGUCGCCGUGGCUACUACGGAGACGCUAGCACACAGAACUGCCAGAAGUGUGUGUGCGAGCUUUUGGGUACUGACAGUCACAAGUGUGCAGAUGGUGAGUGUGAGUGUGACCAGGUGAGUGGGCAGUGCCCAUGUCUACCCAGUGUUGAGGGUCUGCACUGUGACCGCUGUGCCCCAAACACCUGGAACUUCCACAGUGGAAAAGGCUGCCAGCCGUGUCAGUGUCAUCCCACACACUCUUAUAGCCUGUCCUGUGACAGAAUGUCUGGUCAAUGCUCCUGUAUGCCAGGCUUUGGUGGCAGGACCUGUGAGGAGUGCAGAGCUCUUUUCUGGGGUGAUCCAGAAGUUAAGUGUCAUGCAUGUGACUGUGACCCCCGGGGCACGUCUACACCACAGUGUAACAAAUCGACAGGAGCAUGUGUCUGUGUGGAGAGUGUAGCCGGUCAGCGGUGUGACUUCUGUGGGCGUGGCUACGUGGGAACUUUCCCAGACUGCCAGCCGUGUCAUCAGUGCUUCCAUGACUGGGAUGUCACUGUGCGUGAGCUGACCAAGCAGACGCAGCAGUUAGUGGACACUGUGGAAAACCUGAAAGUGACAGGAGUGACAGCAGCCUAUAAAGACACAAUAGACAGUCUGGAAGGCGGCGCCAAGCAGCUCACUCAGAUACUAGAGGAUGACAAGCCUCAGCAAACUCUUAGAUACUCUCAGGAGCUUCUGCAGCAGGCCAAGAGGGUCAUGUCUGAUCUGGACCGCUCUCUGAACCGCUCGGAGGUGGAUAUACAGCAGGUCUCUGAGGAACACAGCAGGGUUGCAGAGGAGCUCAAAUCACUCAGUGCAGAGACUCAGAAGCAACAAGAAAGCAUUGAUAACACACAGCAACAGGUGCUGCACAUCAAACACUCCGACCCAGCAGGUGCAGUAGACAGCAUUAGGGAAUAUUACCAGCAGUCAGUGGAGGCAGAGAGACAAGUCAAUCAAGCUACUACAGACGUACACAGCCCAGUGGAGCAGUCAGCUGGUCUACGGCAAGCCACAGAGGCCAAACUGGAUGCUGUGAAGGGAGAGUUUGAGCUCAGUCAACGGCUGGACUCUGAGAUACUCAACGUACUGAACCAGGAGCUGGAGCAAGAUGACCUUUCAGAACUCAGUCAGCAGGUAUGUGGUGGAGAGUGGAGCCGAGACAGCUGUGGAGAAUGUGGAGGUUUGGGGUGCGUUGGUGAAGACGGAGAGCCUCAGUGUGGAGGACAGGACUGUAAAGGUGUGAUUACUCAAACCAACAACGCAUGGAAAAAAGCUAAAGACCUGGACAAAGACAUCAUGAACUCACUAAAAGAAGUGGAAAAGCUCCAAAGGAUGGUUUCCACCGCUCAAGGGCGUGCAGAUGAGAGUAAAGUCAGUGCACAGGACAUCCUGUUGAAGGCCAAUCAGAGCAAAACACGAGUUGAGCAAACCAAUCAGGAGCUACGAGAGCUCAUUCAGCAAAUACGAGACUUUCUUACAAAUGGAGCAGAUCUGGAGCGUAUUGAAGCACUAUCUGAUGAAGUUUUGAAGUUGAAGAUGCCAGUGGUUGCCAGCGAGCUAAAGAAUGUGACCGCAGAGAUCCGGCAGCAUGUGGCCAGUCUGACCGGCGUGGAUGACAUUCUGGCUGAAAGUGCUGAACAGGCAAUAACAGCUGAGAGACUGCUGCAACAGGCACGUGUUAUCAGUGAGGAAGCUACACAACUGAGGGAGGAAGUGGACAAGGUGAAGGUGACACUAAAUGAAUCCGAGCAUGCUCAAUCUGCAGCAAACGACAGCUUGAAAGCAGCCAAGAGUGACCUUGAGUACACACAACAGCAAGUAAUCACUGUGGACUCAGAGACGGCUGCAUCGGAGUUCAUGCUGAGUAACGCCACUCAGCGGUUGCUGGAUUUUGAAAAGAACGUGAGUGCAGUGCGUCAGAAGACUCAGGAAACCUCCAACAGUGCAGAACUUGCUCUAAACAAGGCCGGCUACAUUUCUGAGGACACGGAGCAAACCAGAAGGACACUGAAUUUAGAGGUGCAGCCCAAGUUCCAGUCGGCCCAAGGCCUGAUGGAGGAGAAAGCAGAGGGUGUAUCUGAUGCACGCCAGAGAGCAGAACAACUACAGCAGGAGGCAAAGAACUUAGUGAAUGAUGCCAUCAGCAGAUUACAAAAUCUAAGUGAGCUGGAGCGAACAUUCUCGGUGAAUCAGAAGACUCUGGCAGAGAGAGCACAGGAAGUGGAGGAGCUGGAGAAAGAAGCACAGGCUAUGCUACAGGAGCUCAGCCAGAGAGUCACAGUGUACAGCACUUGUCUGUAAACGCUAUCCACAAGUGAUUCAUUUAUAAACACCACAUUAUAGAUACUUUAACACGAAUUACUUUAACCACACCCACCCCUCUCUAAAAAAAAAAAUCACCAGUAUAGUUUUGCCAGUAACAUUAAGCUAAGUCAGUAAUGACUCUGUUGACAAGCUUGCAGUUUUCUGCAUGAAGCAACCGAGAUUCUGGGAGAAAGAUCUCCUAUGGGACACACACACACACUUCCCUUGCUUAGUACUCCUCCCUUUCUACUAAGCCAGUAUUUCUCAGAUCCUGGUCCUGGAGUCCCUCUGCACUGCACAUGAGCUGAACUGAGCAAAAUGUAUUCAUAUGAGGGGAGAAGAGUCACAAGUAAUAACUGAUAAAGAAGGAUUUGGUAAAAAUUCACCCGUAAAGCUUGAGCUAAUCAAAAUGCAGUAGUUUAAUUUUGGUUCUAUGAUGAUUUUCGUAAAACAUUGAAGCUCUACAAUACAAAACAUGAGCCAUGCUUUGAUUUCUGUCCAACUUCUGUCAUUUUUUAAAAUUCAAUAUCCGAAGCAUAAAACAGCCGAACAUAUAGAAUAUCCAUGUGGUUACAAGUAACAAAUUAUAUAUUUUUAAAAAAAGGCAUGUAAAUUAAAGUCAUUUGCUCAUAGGAAAGUUGUUUUGAUGAAUUGCUGGGUUUCACAUGACAUCACAUGCGCCUCAUUAGUUAUUCAGAACUUUAGCUGGUGGUCUACCAAAGCUCAGUUGACAAAGUGUUUGUAUGGAGAAGGUGCAUUGCUCGCAUGAAAAAUGCCUUACGCUUGCGUUGUUUUAGGCUGUUCAAAUUGAUCAAACCGUGAUCGAUUUAGGGUUCCCCGUGAACUAAUAAAAAAGGGUGAACGAACACAGGAUUUCACAAAAAGACGUCGAGAAAGGUGGCUUUCGAACCUCUCACUGAAAUCGAAGGGAGCCGAGUCGAAGCACGCUCGAGUUUGCAGUGAUCACUUGGUGAAAGGUUUGUAUCUCCCUCUUAGCUAUGGCCUUAGUGUUUUCCAAGUAUUUUUCUUGCUAUGUGUCGUAAUUCUACGGGACUUUUUUUUUUGUCACGAAGAGCUAAAGUCCCCAGCUGUUUCUUUGUUUACUCCUCACAAAGUCCAUAUGCAUGAAGGUUGCGACAAAAUUCUUCCCCAGCCAUACAGUUACAAUGCGCCGUGAUCACUUCUCCGUCUUGUUUAAUUAAGAUCCAGGUCUUUAAAGGGGUUUCUGAUGAUCUUUGUGAAUGAUUUGCCUGAGAGAUAAGAGCCAACACAAGUGAGAAUCAAGCAAACUGUUGAUUGUUUACACUUCGACUUGCAGCGCUUUGUUGUAAAGAGACAAACAAAAAGCUUAAAAAACAAACAAACAAACAUAAUUACACGGGCAAAAACAAUACAAGAUUCAUUCGGCAGCGACUUGAUACCGAGGUCUUUUACCCAGCCACAUACAAAAAGUUGUAAGCCUCCAUACUCUUCCACGCUUUCGUCUGUUUUGCGGUGUAGAAGGACGUCUGCAACACCAGAUAGUUCGAGAUGUCGGGGAACUCGACUGAAGGGUAGUUUCCAAGAUCAUAUGAUAAAUCCUUCUUUCCCAGACUGUAGGGGUCGAUUCCAUUGCACACAGCAAUCUUCUGAAUAUAUCUAAAGCAAGCAGUGGCUUCUAGAUUAUGAGCAUACUCUGAUAAGUUAUCGCUAGUUUAGACCACUAGCUAUUUCACUUCCGGUAAAAUCGCGAAGAAAAGUCACAUGACUGAAACCCAGCUAUAUUUACGCAAGCGUUUCUGAUACCUCUGUCUUGUUACAUCCGACCUUCUGAGGCUAAAACAGCCAGAAGACCUACUGUAGCACAAACUGCUGAAAAAGUUAAUGCUGGAUAAAACAGAAAGGUGUCAUCGUUAACUUUUUCAGCAGUUUGUGCGACAGUCGCUCUGAUGUGGGACCAUAUGGGUUCGCCUUCGGGCUUCCUUGGACCACUUUUGGUCGGUACUAACCACUGUAUACCGGGAACACCCCACAAGAUGUGCCGUUUUGGGAGAUGUUCAGACCCGGACAUCUCACCAUCACAAUUUGGCCCUUGUCAGAGUCGCUCAGAUCCUUACGCUUGCCCAUUUUUCCUGCUUCCAACACAUCAACUUCAAGAACUGACUGUUCUCUUCUUUUGCUGCCUAAUAUAUCCCACCCCUUGACAGGUGCCACUGUAAGAGAUAAUCAAUGUUAUUCACUUCACAUGUCGGUGGUUUUAAUGUUACGGCUGAUCGGUGUAUAUGCAGUUGUGGUCAGAAGUUUACAU